AUGAAGAUUUCCUACAACUCAAUCCCAUUUCGCUUCUUCAUCAUCUUCACUGCUUUCUUAUGUAUAUACUUUGCUAUUCAAAAGAAAAAAACUAAUAAAAAUGAAGAUAUCUUAAGUAUAUCUUCAAGGUUUGAGGUCCCAACCAGUAAGUACACCUCCAUAUUGGGUCCUCAAUUUGAUAAGCUACCUAAUCAAGAUGAUAUUUUAGAAUUAUUUCAUGUAUGGAAGAAAGAACAUGGACGAGUCUACCGUGAUCAAGAAGAGACGGAAAAGAAAUUUGAAAUUUUUGUUUCAAAUUUGAAGUAUAUCGUAGAGACUAAUGCUAAGAGAGACUCACCAUAUAGUUCUCUUCUUGGUCCGACCACCUUUGCGGAUUUGAGCUUCACGGAGUUCAAGGAAAAAUACUCACGCAAUAUUGACAUGUCCGAGAUCAGUGAAGCUAUGAAUAUUGUGAAGGAUGAUGUUGGUGAUUCAUCAUGCAGUAAUCCACCUCCAUCAUGGGAUUGGAGGUCAGAAAAAGCUGUUACUUCUGUUAAGGAUCAAGGCCCUUGUUGUGGUAGUUGCGCGUCAUUCUCAACUGCUGGUGCCAUUGAAGGAAUAGUUGCAAUAGUGACAGGAGAGCUUCUCGAUCUUUCAGCACAAGAGCUUGUGGAUUGUGUAGGUAAUGGUUGCAAAGGGGUAUUUGUAUACGAAGCGUUCCAAUGGAUUAUGAGUAAAAAUAAAAAAGGGCUUGCAUUGGAGAGUAAAUACCCUUAUACAGGAGUGGCGGCGCCUUGCAAAGCCUCAAAGAUUCCAAACAGUAAAUCUAGUCUGAUUGAUUCAUUUUAUCAUGUGGACAAAUCCGAGAACGCACUAUUGUGUGCAGUUGUUAAGCAGCCAAUUAGUGUGUGUAUUAAUGCAUCAACAGCAGAAUUUCAAAUUACAAUGGAAUAUAUGUAG